UCGCUUCCCCAAGGACCCGGCGUGCCCGCUAAGCCUGCUGUUGCACGUCCAAGUACUUUGAUAUGUACACCGCCCCGACCCUGUGUUGCACUUUUUGUAUUGCUGGUGCUGUCCAAGCUCUACCUAUCAUUGCUGUACAGGUCAUCUCCAUUGUCACCUUGCUUGUGCGUUGGAUUGCACAAGAAGAGCCGAUGUGAUAUCGAUUCCUACUCACUUGUCACCCAUUCUUUGCCGGGCUGCCGGCUGCCCGCCAUUCCUAUCCGUGUUGCUUGCAUUUCCGGGGAUAUAUACCUAGGGAUACAUGUACAUAUGUAUGUAUGUAGGAAUGUAUGUGCGUCCAAAGCAGAAAUGUACAUGCAUACAUCAUGAUACAUGAAUCCGUGCAUAUACACAUACAUAGAUCCAGCAGCUGCUUGCGCUCCCUCGGGGCGACAGGAUGCCACUCAACCACUCGCCGCCAAGCCCCCUCGCCUAGCGCUUGCCCACUUGCAGCCUCCAUCCCAUCAGUCCAUCUCCACUCCAGUCCAUGUGUCCAUCUCCUCCGACCCCCCUUAUCCCAUACGCCAAUGCCAGCCCACGACUCGCUGACACCCUCCCCCACCUGACUACCUGUGUGUCGGUGAACAAUCAUCUUCACCGGCCAUGUCAAACGCUGGCUCGAGCAUCCACUAAUCCGACUUCUGUCUUCUCCUCACGCCUGAAUCCAGAGUCACUCGACGCCGCGGUCGAUCCCUUUACAUGCUUACAUGUAUAUAUGUAUAUAUAUAUAUACUGACCUCCCCGCUCCGUGCCGCCAGUCCUCCAAGCCUGUGCCACCAGUUAUUGAGUCUGGUCUUGCCCUGUCCGCGACUCGCAAACCCAGCCCGAUUCAGCAGCUCACCAUGGCCUCGCCAGUUUCAAAAGCAAUAUUGGCGCGCGACGGCGUGCGUUUUGCCCGCUGAAAACACGAAGAAUUCUCUGCGCGAGCCCUACAUCGUGAUUCCAGCGCCACUCAAAAAAGGGAUAUCUCGUCUAGUGCCACCGCCCAUCUAGAAUCCUUCUCCAAGUCGUCUGUACGCCAUGUGUUUUUGAUAUCCAAACUCGGCCUAGAUGUCCGAAUCCGAUCCAAUAAAUCGGUACACCUUUCCCUAACGAGACCUUCACAUAUAGGGACCCGCGGCCAACAAUGCGCAAAAGGCUCCACCCGUCAAACUACACUCCAGCCCCAUUGCACUUCUGCAGGUACCAUCGGCUGUUGUUCUCCAUCAGAUGUGAUGCAAUUUCCCAGAUACUUCUAUCGUUGAAUGCCGUUAUGUUUUGACUUCUUCUUCUCUUUUGCUUUCUCACCGCGCUCCCCAAUGUGCUGGAUAUAGGCUUUGCCGCAGCCUUCCAACUUCUCACACUCCUUAAUCAUCCCAGCAGACAUACCGCCUGCGUUCACUCUUUUCAAAUUCCUGGGAAUAACAUCCCAACACACUCGUUCCAACCCACUCUCCUUCAAAUCCGGUUUCAACGGCUUAAUUCCCAUCUUAAUACUUAAUCUCUCCCGUCUUCACCAUGUUUACACGCUCUAUUGGUCUUGCGGCUGCAUUUUCAGUUGCCGUUUCCGCAAGUUUCGAUGCUCAAUCUAGUUCCAACGUAGCCAUCUACUGGGGGCAAGGAGAUGCCCAAAUUACACUCCCCGAAGUUUGCAGUGACGAGAGCAUCGACAUUGUGAACCUCGCUUUUCUCAAUGAAUUUCCCACCGCGGUUGGUGAAUAUCCCGGUAACAAUUUUGCCAAUGCUUGCGAGCCUGAGUGGUACACUCUGAAUGGAGUCAAAACCAAGUUGAGUUCCAAUUGCCCUCUUAUUGGUCCUGGUAUAAAGAAAUGCCACGAGAAUGGGAAAAAGGUCUUCUUGUCCCUCGGUGGAGGAGUGCCCACCAACUACAGUCUGCCCAGCCAAGAAGUUGCCGAGUACUUUGCCGACUUUGUUUGGGGUGCGUUUGGACCCUUGGAUCCAACGUGGGAGGCAGCUGGAAAGCCCCGUCCUUUUGGAGAUGUUGCCGUGGACGGCUUCGACCUUGAUCUUGAGGCUUGGAUCCCUUCGGCGGCAUCCAACGAGUACCAAUACGUCAACUACGAUCAUUUUGUCAACAAAUUGCGGUCACACUACGCUGAUUCCGGCGGCGAGUACUACAUUUCUGGGGCUCCCCAGUGCAUUGUUCCUGAUGAGAGAAUGGCAUAUGCAAUUGAGCGAUCCCAUUUCGAUUUUCUUUUCGUUCAAUUCUACAACACGGCUCAAUGCAACACUCGCCGCGGCUACGAGGGCCUCGGCAAGGAUACCACUACCUUUACGUUCGAUGCAUGGGUUGCCUGGUUGAACGAUCAUUCGGCCAAUCAAAACGUAAAAAUUUACUUGGGAAUGCCCGCUUCUGAUGUAGCAGUCCCGAGCGAUCCAACGUCGUACCUGACUCCCACGGAAGCCGAAAAAUUAAUCAACGCAUACAAAUCAUCUCACCCCGAAAGAUUUGGUGGCGUGAUGCUGUGGGAAGUCAUGCGUAACAUUCGUAAUCCAAUCUGUGACAGGCCUUAUUCGACAUAUAUCCGAAGUAUUUUGGACGGAACGUUCCAGAACGAAGUCUGCCCUAGCACUUCAGUAUCUUUGCCUUCAUCCACCAGCAGUUCUGUUCCAUCGCCAACUGCCGUUAGUCCUGACGGCAGCUGUGGUCCAAAAUCCGGAUACACGUGUGCUGGGUCUGCCUUUGGAAAUUGCUGUUCUGCCUAUGGGUAUUGUGGAAGCACCUCAAUCUACUGCGACGUUGUGGAAGGCUGUCAAUCGUUGUUUGGCGCAUGCGGCUCUGCUUCUCUCUCCUCCUCCAGCAACAGCGCUCCAAGCUUGACCUCCAGCCCAGUCCCCACUGCCACUGCUCCAUCGGCAAUCAGUACGGAUGGAAGCUGUGGAGGCACAAAGGGAUAUACUUGUGUUGGAUCCACGUUCGGCGACUGCUGUUCCUCUUAUGGUUGGUGUGGAAGCAGUUCGCUUCACUGCGAUGCCGGUUGCCAGAAUGUGUUUGGCAUUUGCCCGAACAGUGUCAGUAAUCCAGUGUCUAUCAAACUGAAUACCCUGGAUUCCAACACUGUCCCCACUGCGCUUUCGAGCUCCCCUCCAUUCCCUACUAACGGAAAUUCCACCGUCGUUGCCGGUCCUACAGGUACGCAACCAAGUGUUAGUCUGGGUACUGGAAGCUCGUUCUCAGACUCCCCUGCAUUGUCCGCCAAUGCAACCACCAGUAGCGGUGCUAUCAGGUCGAGUGCUGGGAGCAUGUCCCCAACUUCCGCACCUUUCCCUGGGAAGGGUAACUCGACCUCAGUAUUUGGUCCCACCGGCACUAUAUCUGGCAUUGUUACUACUGCAUCAUCAUCUGCCCCCGUUGCGCCUUUUCCCACUUCGAAUAACUCGAGCUUCAUUCCAUCCGGAACUGGGAUAUCUACUAUCUUGAUCGGAACCGUCACUUCUUCUGGCGUUAUUCCUUUGAGCACUGCUGGUCUGGGUAACUUUACUUCUAGAUUCUCGUCCACGGGAAGCCCCAUCGUCGAUUCUGGAACUGCUCUCGUACAAGCAUCGACGACUGGUACGGGCUCCAAUCAGCCCAUGUAUACUGCUAUUUCAGGUGCCGUUGGGCCAUCAGGAUCGUUGUUGUUCCCUUCUCAUUCCGCUCACGGUCCUUAUGUCAACACAACAGUCUCAGCCGCCGGCUACGGGCAUGCGAAUCCUACGUCUUAUGGGGUAGCUCAGCCUAGUAGCGCCCCGGUCUAUGGCGCUCAACAGAGUAGUUCGAGAUCAUUCGGGAGUUCCCACUCUCUGUCCAGCUCUGUGACUAGUCAACCCACUCAAGCUACAUCGCCUGUAUCGACUGCUUCUAGUCCCGCGACGACUGUAUACACAACGACGUAUGUUGAUAUCUGCCCAACUGGAUGGACCACGAUCACAACUACAUUCACUCGCACGAUUUGCGACUCAUGCGCGAAGCCGACGUCGCCACCCGCUAUCCCUGCGGACUGGACGGAGACUGUGACUGUUUGCACAGCAUGCGGACCCAUUCCCACCACUGUCACUCUUACGAAACCCGCCAAUGCACCUUUUGCGCCUCCAUCUUUGCCGACUUAUAAGAUGGCUCUAAUCAAUACAACAAAAAGAAUUACCGUCAGCACCGCCUCGACUUUCGGCCCUAAGUCUACCCCAUCUGCCGGUGUCCAAUAUAGCAGUGAAAAAUAUGCCAAUCAGCCAGGUAGCGGCAGCCCCAAUGCUCCUGUUGACAGUGGCCAUAACAGUAAGGAGUCUUCCAAAAUUGGCUCUAGUGCUACCAAGCCCGCCGUCUCGAGUCCUACUAGCUCUAGCGGUGUCCAAUUCAUACAUCCAUCCGGCGCUCACUCCUCCAAAGUUGCAAGUGAGAUUCAUCUCAGUGUCUCGUCAGGAAGCUCUCAGAUGCCUGGACCAUCCAGCCAUGCAGCUUUUAACACCACUAGCACUGCUUCAGCAUACCACGCAAUUGCGACGGGCACUUUGGCGCCGCAGGUGGCGCAACAACAUGGCGAUUACCAGGCUGCGUCGCCGUCUGUGCCAACAUCUGAAUUGUUCCAAGGGGCCGCUCCAGAGCUGGUGCGAUUUAGUGGCAUCGGUGGAUUGGCUAUACUCGUGGCUGGUGUGAUCGUGUGGUAA